UCAUUCUUCUUGCCCCGUUUGGGCCUCUUUACUGCCUGAAUGUGCAAGGGGAGAUUUUUCUUAAUGCUCCCUCUUCAAACUGAACCGAAACAAAUAUAAAUCCCUCUUUUCCCUGGUGAGGCAAAAAGAGGCCGUGGCCACAAUGCAGUUAAACACAGAGCUGGUUUUCACCCCAGUGCGCUGACCCAAACUGCCAUGCUCCCGGAAAUUCCAAGGAACCGGGUGGCCUUAGUCCUUCAGGUGAAACAUCGUGCGCUAUGGGAAAGAAAACCAAGCGAACAGCCGAUAGUUCAUCUUCAGAGGAUGAGGAGGAGUACGUCGUGGAGAAGGUGUUAGACAGACGCGUGGUUAAGGGGCAAGUGGAAUACCUACUCAAGUGGAAAGGCUUCUCUGAGGAACAUAAUACCUGGGAGCCUGAGAAAAACCUGGAUUGCCCUGAAUUGAUCUCCGAAUUUAUGAAAAAGUACAAAAAGAUGAAGGAAGGUGAAAACAACAAACCCCGGGAGAAGUCAGAAAGCACCAAGAGAAAAUCCAGCUUUGCCAACAGUGCUGAAGAGAUCAAGUCAAAAAAAAAGAGAGAGCAGAGCAAUGAUAUUGCCCGGGGCUUUGAGAGAGGACUGGAGCCAGAAAAGAUCAUCGGGGCAACAGAUUCCUGUGGAGACUUAAUGUUCCUAAUGAAAUGGAAAGACACCGAUGAAGCUGACCUGGUCCUUGCAAAAGAAGCCAAUGUAAAAUGCCCACAGAUUGUGAUAGCAUUUUAUGAAGAAAGACUGACGUGGCAUGCUUAUCCUGAGGACGCGGAAAACAAAGAGAAAGAAACAGCCAAGAGCUAAAGCAAGGGUGGCCUCUGUCAUUUCUCUUUGUAUAUAUAACACAUUCACUUCCCCACUGCCUCCCCUUCCCCUUCCAGCCCCACUAGCCCUUCUGUCCUAAACACAUCCAUAAAAAAAAUGUGCUUAUUACUGUGCUACACAGAAGAAAUGUUGGUAUUGGUUCUCAUAACAUAACUGAUGGUCUGAUUCAUGAUGUGUCUCUAGUGAAGACCAGCCAUUUACAUACUGUGUGUAAUCCACCCCAUUCUCCCUUUGCCCUGACUUCUCCCCUUCUCUUCUCACCCCCAUCCCCACCCCCACCUUUGCCCUGAAGAUGAUGUUUAACUUUUUAAUCAUCUUAGAGUCUUGAUCUUUUUCAGGAUUGGAUUUGAGGGUUUUGUUACAAUGAUGAUCAUUUUAGUUAUUUGCUUUGGUUUCAUUCAGUGUGUUGAUGACCAACAAGCCUCAGAAUUGAGGUGUUGGGAUAGGAUGGGGAAUUUGGGAGAUUUUGCAGGCUAUACUUUGCCUGGUUUUUUGUAAAGCCACUAGCACCUACCUCCCUGCUAGGCUUUCCCCAACCCCCAAGAAUACAGUGUGCCCAGUGAGGUCAUGUGAGCCCUGCUCCCUAACCUCCCCAAUAGAAAUGCUUAGGGCCCUGGAAACAUUACAGAAAUAUUUCUUGAAGUACCUUGGACCCCUAAGCUCAUGUCUUUUAGCAGGCUUUCUUUGUUUCUGCAAAAGAGUCCAAAGUGACAGGAUUGUUAACAGUUUGAAUUGUUAGCUGUAGUGCAUGUGGAUGGGGAGGAAACCUAGUUCAUUUUUUUUUUAUUAACAUGCAGUAUAUAUAUAUUACUCUCUUCCUUUCCUCUUAUCUGGACUGUGUAUUUAUGUAGGUGUGAGUGACUACCUGGUGCUUGUGCCAAGAUCCUGGGUGUUCUCAUUUUCUUCUUCUCUCUUUCUCUCUCUCUCUCUUUCUCUUUCUCUCUCCCUCUUCUUUUCCCUUUCUCUUGUCCGCCCCCCCCACCUGUCUCUCUCCUUUCCUGUCUCCCUCUCCACCACUGCCAAUUCUUUCUUGUAGCCUCCCAAAGCAUUUUUAACUACCAAAGAGGCUUCAAACCAUUCCCUCAGUACUCUUUGUUCUCCUUACCCACUCCUACAGAAGCUAGGUCUCUUGCAUUCCCCAUUCUUUCCACACGCCAUCAUUAUAGUGGAUAAAGGGGAAGCUCUCAGAGAAGAGCCAUUGGCUACAGCACCAGCUAUGAAGAUGCAUCAUAUUUAAGGUUCCAGAUAUCCUAACUUUCUGAUUGUGGCCUCCAUUCGUAUUUUUCCUUUAGUUUUUGAUGAGAUUUCCUCACUUGUUUUCUGGAAUGUAGCCUUAGUAAGGAACUAGCUGGGCAGAAGGUGGCUAGACAUUUGCAUCUUGAACUUCCUGUUGACCUUCCCAUCAAAAUAGGUUCCCCUUUUGGUUUCCUGAUACGGUGUAUCUUGGUCCUACCUUUCUUUCUCUCUUUCCUCCCAGUCUAAGAAACAGGUCACUUAUUUUUCUCUUUGUGGUUGGGGUUUAGCAGAUCAAGUAAAGAAAAGGCAAGAACUUAGGGAUCCUAACUACAGUCCUAGUUCCAUAGAAAUAUAAAUGUUAGAGUUAGUCUUAACUCUCGGGAUGAGCUGCCCCUGAGGCUGGUUUUGGUUUUUUACACACUUAACUCUCUGGCGAGGACCAUUCUACCAUUGCUAGAUUGUUCAGAGUAAAGGGAAGUAGACAUAUUUCUCUAAUCUGUAGAUUUCAGAUCAGAUGCAAAUCAUGCAUUGAUUUCAUAGUAUUUGUGAACUCACUUGCCCUGGCAGUUCUGCUACUGGCUUGAGUUCGGUGCAUUUGUGUAAAUUACCACAAAUACCAUACUGUGUCACACAGUAGAGAAGACAGAUGUUUCUUUCUGUAGCAGCCUGAGAGAUGAGAAUGAUGAUGCUUCAGUUGGUCACCAGAAAGUGUUCCCUAUUUAUAAUGGUGUGAUUUGGUGAGAAAUCACCAAAUUCUGUACCUCCAGUGGCUGGAAGGUUUUCAUCUCUUCUCUCCCUUUGUUUCCAUUGAACAACAAAGACCUAGAAAAUUCAGGUGCAGAACAACUAAGAGUUGAUCAUACUUGAUUUGGGAGGAGGGAAGGAAGAAAGAGGUGAUUGAGAAGCAGUCAAUAGGUACAUGAGGGCAUUGAUUAACCUACUCCUUAGUAGCAGGAAACUGGUAGGCCAAAGCCUCUGAGUAGGUGGGCUACCUUUGGGCUUGCUGCUGACAACAACAGUUGGGUCAGGUGAUCUGAAUGAAAUUGAACAGCUUAUAGGACACCUAUAAAAAGUUCAUCAGAAUCUGAUGUUUUUCUUCUAACAAAUGAUUCCUAGGUCAUGCACUGCUCCUCACCACUUUCAUUCCUGCCCUUUUCCUCAUUCUUGCUUAUUCUCUUCUUAUUCUGUUAAGAUACCAGUGCCACACUGGAUCUUUGCCAGUACUGUUUUCACCCCCACCCCUAAACCCGUUUUUCAGGAAUGCAGUGAGUCCAUAGCCCCACGCUUGGGUGACUGGCUCCAGCCUCCCUUCCCUCUCUCCUUGUAUAGGACUGCUGUUAGAGCUUCAAUAGUAGAUGUCUGCCCACCACCCUAGGAUUUCUUUCUUUCUUUUUUUUAAAGUAAAGCAGCUGGUGUAGGCUUUCUUGGUCCUUGAGAAAGUAGCUUCAAGUAGGAGCAUGUUUCCUUGGAAUCCUGUACCCUCAGAGGAGUUUAUAGCUGUGGCUUAAAUUUUUUCAUGCCCAGGUCUUAAAUGUUAAAAAUAGUUGUUGGACUCUGGAACUGUCAUUCAAAAAUCAUGAUCCUUCCCAAUACCUUCUAAAUCUCCCAGUUUCCCCCCAAAUGGGAUAGGUUUGGAGGGAGAUGGGGCAGUCAAUUUAAGCCACGGGACAGGCAUGUGGCUCCCAUGUUGAGAUCUUAAACUGUCCCAGCUGCUGGAAUAUCAGCAGGAAUAGAACCAAGUCGCUUGAAUUCAGGAAGAGCAAUAUCAUCCUUCUCCCCUUUCUAUACAGAAAUCCGGUCCCUGUCUGUCCUAGGAAGCUGCUAGCCUCAUGAUUACCCAACAUUUAGAUAAUCUUAAAUCAGAGAGAUUUUUACUCUCUUCUUACACUCCUUGGCAUUUUUUCUUUCUUUUUUUUUUUUAAUGUGACAGAUAUGUUAAAAUCAUUAAAAGAGCAGUUUAUUAAUUUAAAAAGUAAAAUUCAUGUGAAACUGAUUAGUUGUGACUAAAUCAUCUGAGUUGUGCCUAAUCCCUCCGAUAUGGUUCCAUGAUUCUGGUGCAGAGGACCUUGGAAGAAGGCCCCCAAUCUAGGGUAGGACAGAUCCUAUGAUCAUUCAGGACCGUUCUCGAUUUAAGUCCAUGGUGUGUUCUUAGAUUGUCACUAAUGAUGUGCUUCAGGCUUUUAAUUGUUUGCUGAUUGAUAACUGGGAAUCUGUUUUGUGGGUGCCAUUUGUGGCUGGUAGAGGGUUGAGAUGUUGCCAUGGGUCUUUACUGCUUUGUGGAGCAGGGAUUCCCUGAUCUGUGUGGCAUGAUAAGAAGGUUGUGUCUGUCUGGAUUUUGUCAACUCUCUUCCAGAGAUCAGAGCCUGUUGACAUUUGAGAUGCCAAAUUAUCCAUCUUUGCAGUUAAUAUCCCCAGAGCUGAGGCAGCAUCAUUCCUCACAGCCUUUAUGUCGUCGUGUAGGGCGUAGUUGAUAUCACUAAGAAGCCAUGAAGGAGAAGGUGGAUCUUCUUUCUUCCUCUUAAUUUGAUCAAUGGUCCUAGUUGUUUUUGGAGUCAGCGUAAGCCACAAAAGUCUGCUCUGGCUCUAGAGGUCCAAGCUUAGGUGAUGUUCAGUCAGAGCCGAGGGAAGGGUCCUCUGAUGGGAUUGUAGGUUUGCCAGCUUGAAUCAGCAUCUCGUUGGUGAAACUUGGUCUUUCCCCUCAGGUGGGCUUAGUUGUGAAGCCAUGGGUAAGUAGUAAGACUGUCUGGAUUUGUAGGCUGUGUCUGUAAGGUCCACCUCUCCUGUACUCUUAACUUGCAUCUUUAGAAGGACCUCACCAUCUGUACUGGUUCUGUUCACUCUUGCUGUCAUCUCUUCUCAUCAGCUCAUCGAACCAAAUCAUAAAGACUUGGACAUGCAUAAGCACUUGUGCCAAAUGCAUUAGGAAUCAUUCAAGCCGAUUUCUUGUGUUUUUCUUGACCCUAAGGAACUGAUGGAUUCUAACCACUACAGUUUAGAAUAGCUGCAAGUUAGGUGGUAAAGCUAGGUCUCUCCAAAAUGUGAUAGUCAUUCUUAAUCCCUUGGAAUUGGGUCUUUGUGGAAAUCUGUCUAUGGGGGAAUGAGUCUGUAUGUUUAUGCCAGACAGGUGGUGGGUGUCUUCCUCUAGGUCUAAUAAGGGAGUUAGAAUAAGGGGCUUGUUGUGGGGGAAGGGGUGCAGAGGGGAGGCAUUUCCUAAUUUUCUUGGGGCUUAGGUGUGGGGUUAAAAGAAACUAAAACUGUUUUGCCAACCUUGCCAGAGGGUUGUUAGUCCACCUUACAGGUUAGAGGAAGCUUCGUGAUGGUUCUGCCCCACCAUCACACUAACUCUACUCCCUCAUUACUAGGACAGAUGAGUAGUGUGGCUUGUUCAUUUCUCAGAUAAUAGGUCUUUCCAUUUGUAGCCCUGCCCUAGAUUCUUGGUGGUCUGGAUUGAAAGCUGCUGCUGGAGUGCAUUUGGUACUUCCGUUUACAGGGAGAGAGACCAAGCUCAAUGCCCUUCCCACUGUUUGUAGAGAAACCCUUCAUAGUUCUGAUUUCAUGGGUUCCUUAAGGUAUUGUUGGCCUUAUCUCCUCAGGGCCCAACUCAUCAAGGUUUUGAGGUGAUGAAAGAGUGCCUUAUGGACCAGAUGGAGUAUUCAGGGGUCACAGAACUCUGGUUUGAACAGCAGUGAUUGGAAUUGAGUCACUAACCUUCUGUCGAUAGAGUCUACAUUUUGAGGUUUUUUUAUUUUCUCCAGUCAUAGUGAUGGAUCUGCACUGAUCCAUUCUCUUGACUAGUCCCGUGUUACCAGUGGCCUAUAUUUAUUUUCAAGAUGUUGGCUCUGUGUCAGGGGUAAUGAUGGCCUGUAAUCUUGGAAUAGAGGGACAUUAGCUAUCCCAACCAGGAAUUCAGCCUAUGAUAGCAGCCUUUUCAUUAGUGGUAUUUUCUCAGUUGUGCUAAGCUGGUCAUAGACCAUAUCUGUGAGUGAUUCAUUUGUUCUUUCCUGAAAAAACAAACAAACAAAAAAACCAAAGGUAACUCAAGGCUAGAAAAUGUUUUCAUUCUGGAAGAGAGCACUUAACAGCUUCUUGAUGAAAGUCCAUGACCCUUGUCCCUGGCUUAGGGUCUUGACUGAAGGAGUUCUGAUAACAGUUGUGAAUCUCCAUGACUUAGGGUCAUUCAGGGCAUAAUUGGAUAGAUAAUACUUCUUUUGUAGAAUUUCCUUACAGCUAGGGACUUUGUCCCACACUUUUUUUGUGUCCAUCAUAAUACCUAGCAUAGUACUUUGUAUAUGAGCAGUGCUCAGUAACUGCCAGAUUUGAGCAAUGCCCUUGUUGUUAAAAAGCAUUUGUUUUGUUGAAUGGUUGAAUAUGUCCCCUUGGUAGACAACUAAAACAACUUAUAUUCUUUGACAAACCUUUUACCAGAGCUAUUCGAUACCCUUUUAAAAAUUCCUUUCCUUGGUAGAAUUUUUAAGAGUGAUUAGAAGGCCUGAAAACAAGGACAGAGAGUAAAUGGGAACAUGGAUUAGCCACAAGUAAGCUGCUCUGUUCUUUGAGUGGGUGAAGGUUGCAAAAGUAUUUCCAGUUUCUUUUCCCUUCAGCUGAAUUUCUUGGGUUUUAAUCUACCUCAUUUUAUCAAAAUAAGUUUCUUCAGCUUGUGUCAUUACUGCUUUAAAUGUCAUCAGUGACUAGUUAUUUCCUAAGGGGUGGUUUUUGCCUCACGGUGAACGUACGGUGAACGCAUGUUCUUUUGCCUUUUUACUCCCCAUCUUUGUUAUCAUAUUGCUUCAGCCCUUCUCCCGGAGCAAUCUUUUCCAUCUAACUCUUAGUUUGUGGGAAGCAGCACUCCUAGGGCCUGUUGCCUCUGAGGUUAGCAAGGGAAGGAAUUUUGAAACAAGGUGUCGAGGAAGGAGAGGGCAGUCACUGGAGAAACCUGUGCUCAAAGGCAGCCUACACAGAAAGAGCCAUUAAUUAAGACAUUUCAAAGUCAACUGAUUGUGGUCAUUAAUGUCACAGUAGAUCAAAACCUCAUUAUCACAGGCUCAGUAAGAGCCGUCAGUAUUAAUCAGAAAAUCUAAUAGGAAACUAUUAUCUAGAAAUUAGGCCAAAUUGAAUCCAAUGAACUUCCCAUCUCGUUAUGCUCUGUUUUGGGGUGUGACCCAUAAGGCCUGAUGCAAGCCCACAUAAGUCGUUCUGUAAGGGGUGUUAUCCUCCCCACAGCCUGAAACUAGCCAGUUAGGUCAUCCUUGUUUCAAAUAUCCAAUUCAAAAUGUUCAUGUCUAGAUCCUGCAGGGAUUUCUUGGUUGACCUUUCUGGAACCAGUGUUGCCCAAGUAGAUCCAUUGUGUACAAACCCCAGCUGGACACUGAAGAAUUUAAAGAGACAGAAAUUUUCAUCCUUUAACUCCAAGCAGUUAAAGUGUAAUUGAAUGGCUAGAUUUGAGUUUGACAGGUUAACAGCCUUUUUUGAGGCUGACCCUGGUGUUCCAAGUUUGAACAUCAUUUCUAAACCAAACCUGGAAAUGAGAUUUUUUUGUCACAGAUAAGAUUUCUUACUUCAACAUUCAAAGUUGAUCUGAAGAAUCAAGAAUAGCUGCUCUUUUUGCCUUCUGUCUUUCUAUUGUUAAAUGAUUGCUUGAGAAGGAAAGAAUGAAACAAAACACUGUAUCUAGUUGGGGAGAAAGUGUAUUGCCUCAUGAACUAAUGAGCUGCCUAGCACUGGAGGUAUUCAAGUUGAGGUUGGUUGACCACUUGGAAUCUUGGUUGUUAUAGACAGGAUUCAUCUUUUAGGAGGGGGUUGUACUAGAUGACCCCUUGUAACAAAUUUAGGUCAAAGGCCAUAUGUAAAUUUAAAAGCCCCUUAAGCCAUUAUAAGCUGUAUUUAUAUACUUUUGAUCUUUAGUUGUUUUGAAAAUGCCACAGUCAUUGGAGGUAAGAUGUUACAGAAAGAAGGGUGUCUUUUCUUGGAGGAGGCAGCCACCCAGGACGAUGUGCUUCAGUCUUUGCUAUGCUCGACUUUGUCUAGAGAUCUGACUUGUGAUGCCAGCCUUCUUUGAAGACCUGGCAGCUCAGAGCACUACAGGGACCACCACCGUCAAGCUCUUCAUCCUCCCUCUCAGAAGAAGCACCUGCUUACCCCUUGGUUUCUGACUAGCACAUGAUUUCUGAUCCCGAAGCCUUUCACUGUAGCACCCUGAAGAAUCAGUAACUCAGUCCUCUUCCCUAUCCCCAAUUCUUGGUGCAGGUUUGCCUUUGAUUUAAGCAAAUCUGAUCAUACAUAAUGGUAGAUCUUAAAAGCAAAUAAAUUGAAGUUGAAUGGGGGUAGGAAAAUAAUUUUUCACCUUACCAGAGGGUUCUUUAAAUAGCAAAAAAAGAAAGAAAAAAAAGACCAACACCUGCUGAGUCUAAAAUAUUUGAUUUCCUAAAAAACAUGCACAGCUUUACCAGAGAUUUGUUAUGAGCAAGGACUAAUCUGUUGUGCCCUAUAGCUCCUUACCUGUCUGAGGUGCUCAGUAGGUGCCCAAUAUUUGUUGUUUGAGAACAUCUUUUGUUCAAAGGGAGGUUUACCUGCACACAUUUCUAUCAUGCAAACCUUCAGAGUCCAAGGCCCACUUUAGGAAGUAGCAUAAUCGAGUAGGACAUGGCACAGGAGUUGGGUGUGGAUGCUAGGUCUGAUGUCUGCUGACCCCCCUCAACUAACUCAUAAUGGAUGACCUUGGGCAAGUCAUUUUCUCUCACUGCCUCAGUUCCCCCAUCUGCUAAAUGGGGGCAAUAAUACUGACCUACCUCACAGGGGUGUGAGGCAUUGCCAAUUGCUCAAAAAGUACUUAGGAUCUUUAGAUGGAGGAUGCUGGGAGCUGAAGUCUAAGCCUGGCCCAGGCUUUAGUCCUCAUUGAACUGUCUCCAAGAGUGGAAUGACUUAGCAACCCAAGCCAAUUUUCUGUGUAUCCCAUACUCCCCUGUCCCUCUAGUCACGUUUUCAUCAAAGCUGCUAAUUCAGAUGUUGACAGUGUUUUCAUAAAUGUUGGAGUCUAAUAGCCAAGAAAUAAUUGUGGAAUUGUAAGAGGGGGAGGCAACUUCUGUUUUCUUUGUCUUUCCGCAGACAAGGUGGGGGUGUUUCUCUCAUAUUUGGAUUCUAGUACCCGUGUUCUGAGAACAGAGGCCCAGGCUGCCCCAGGAGCAGAAAUGACCCCAAAAGUUUUGAUUCCAUUCUUUCUUGACUGUAUCCGUACAUUUACAACUGGUCUGAUCUUAGGACAGCAACAUCCUUACCACCGUCGUUAUGGAAUCCGUUCCCAAGCAUCCUCCUGGGAUCUUGUGUGCCUCCCCUUCCUAUUUCCUAUGUAAGGGAAGAAUAUGUAUAUUGCCACAUUGGAAAUAACCAUUUUUAGAGUAUUGUUACAUUUAACACUCCCAAACUAGUGUUGAUGCUCCCUAAUAUUUCAUCCAAGCCAUUAUAUUCAGCAUCUAUUAUCUCUCUUCCCCUGGGUUCACAAUGUGAAUCUGACAUUGUUUUUACUGGUCUGGUUUGGAAUGACUUCUCUGGGCCCCAUUUUGUUUUCCCAGACAUUGGCUUAUGGGCCUCUGAUCCUUUCUCAGUUUCAGGGGGCGUAUCCGGUCCUUGUCCCCAACAAGACCCAUUUUUUCCUUCCCUUACCCUCAUCCCUGGAUCUGUAACCCACGAAAAAGCACAAGGUCUCGGCCCCUUGCUGCUGUUACAUGUUCCUUUUUGUGUUACACGGACUUUUCUCCUUACUCUUCGCCCAGCAUCGGAAAUGCCAAGCACAGCUCUUGGGAAAUCUGGACAAUGGAGAGUGCUCAGCCACCACAAGCCAGGAAUUAGAACUUCAGUACUGGCACUGUAGCCCCCUUCCAGCCAUUCCCCCGAGACUGGGAGCCAGGCUGGCCCAAGAGGCUGAAGCAUCUCUCAGCACCAUGCUUCAAGGUGGCUUUCUGUACCAUCCAAAGCAGAUUGGAUCACAAUUUGGAGCCAGAUGUCUGGAUGGAAAAUGGGAGAUUGAAUUUUUAAUGGACUUUGUUUUGUGGGGGAGUUUGGGGUAUGCUUCCUUGGUUUGAUUUUGGCCAAGUCUGGCUAAUUUUUUUUAAAGGAAAAUGAUAUGUUACACCUUUUAAAUGUAAAUGUUUAAAAAUAGGCAUUUAUGUGUUUCCACAACUGACAUCCAAUGCAGACCUCAUUCUCUCCCCUUCCACCACCUUCCUCUUUUUCUCCCUCUUUUCAUACUCUUGUAUUGGUUCUAAUAAAUGGUUGCUUUUCAAAUCUG